AAAAGGAAGAAGGCCUAGAAAUUGAUUGUGAUUUGUGCGAGGUAGAGCGCUAUGGCCAUGGCUAAGGCUGCUUCAACAACACACGAUGACUGCCGAUGUCAUCCCCAUCCCCAUCCGUUGCUCAGAGGAGGGACAAGACAGACCAAAUACACCCAUGGAUUCUCACCUUCCGACCUCCAAACCAUCGCCAGUAUCUCCGAGGUUUUCGUACCUUCAAUUUCUCUUCCUCACAACUCGCAAUUCCCCCUCGAUCGGCCAAUCGAGUCCUUCUUCCGAGCUUCUGCCUCUCAGUAUCCUGUUCCUGACGAGGUGGGUGAAAUGGUGAUGAAAAGGGGGUUUGUGGAAGCACAGCUGGUGGUGAGGAUAUUGGUGAGGAUGCUGUCGACGAGAUUGGGGACGGCACUUCUGAGCGGGGGAUCGAGUUUGGAGAGAGCGAAAUGGUUAGUGAAGGCGAAGAGAUUCAGUGAGAUGGCGUUGGAGAAGAGGGAGAAGGUUGUGCAGAAAUGGCUGGUGGAGCGUCAUGGCAGCAUCUUGACGCCAAUCAGAUUGGGGUUCGUGUUCCUCAAGUUCAUAGUGCUCUUCGUCUUCUUCACACAGGUAAGUGAAAGGUCGAGCAAUCCCGGGUGGAAAGCCAUGGACUACCAAGUCGAUACUCAUACACCGCCGGCUCCGGAUCCUCAUCAAACGUCGACGGUUCCAACCAACACACGCUCCGGCGCCGACAGGCCUCUCGACAAAGGCAUUGUCGAGACCCAACGUGAGACUAAUGACGACACCCUCGUCGCUUCCCUGUCCGAGAAAGGCUUAUCCGUCGGACACGAUGCCCCAACCAAUACUCACAUUGUCACGUGCGAUGUUGCCAUCGUUGGCUCCGGCUGCGGCGGUGGUGUUGCGGCGGCAGUUCUUGCGCAGGCAGGCUUGAAGGUCGUCGUGGUUGAGAAAGGGAACUACUUCACCCAGAGGGACUAUUCGGCCCUCGAAGGGCCCUCCAUGAACGAGCUCUACGAGUCGGGAGGGAUCCUGUCCACCCUCGACGGGAAAGUCAUGCUCCUCGCCGGAUCCACCGUGGGCGGUGGCUCCGCCAUCAACUGGUCAGCCUGUAUAAGGACUCCCGAAUCCGUGCUCAAAGAGUGGAACGUCGAUCACGGCCUUGGGCUCUACGGUAGCCCCGAGUAUCACGAAUCGAUGGAUCGUGUGUGGGAACGAAUCCGCGUAACGGGCGAGUGCGAUCGCGAGGGGUUUCAGAAUCAAGUACUCCGUAAAGGGUGCGAGCGCCUCGGCCUGAAGGCAGAGCGUGUCGCGAGGAACUCAACGGCAGGGCAUUACUGCGGCUCGUGCUGCUACGGAUGCAUAAGGGGCGACAAGAAGGGGACCGACACGACGUGGCUAGUCGAUGCCGUUAACUGCGGCGCUGUCAUCAUCUCCGGAUGCAAGGCCGAGAGCCUUGUAAUAGAGGAUAAUGAAACGACACCACGGCGAAGGCGAGCGAGGUGCAAAGGAGUGAUAGCGACGAGUACGAAUCCGGACAUAAAGAAAAAGAUGGUAAUCAAAGCGAAAGCCACGAUCUCAGCCUGCGGUUCGCUCCUAACGCCGCCAUUACUGAUCAGAAGCGGCUUAAGGAACAAAAACAUCGGGCGGAAUCUCCACCUCCACCCGGUGCUGAUGGCGUGGGGACAUUUCCCCGAGACCGGCUCGUCCGGAGACAUCGUGGAGGGGAAGUCGUACCAAGGAGGGAUCAUCACAUCGCUGCACAAAGUGGAGGAAGAUUCGAAUGUGAGAGCCAUCAUAGAGACUGCGAUUCUGGGGCCGGGAUCUUACGCAGCAUUGUGCCCGUGGGAGUCGGGAGUGGAGUUCAAGAAAAGGAUGGUUAAGUAUGCGAGAACAGCUCACAUUUUCUCGAUGAUCCGCGACAGAGGGAGCGGGGAAGUGUUGUCGGAAGGACGGAUAAGCUACUGCCUUGGCAAGAAGGAUAAAGAGGACAUGAGGGUGGGGCUGCGACGCGCGUUGAGGAUACUGAUCGCAGCAGGCGCUGCUGAGGUGGGGACACAUCGGAGCGACGGGCAGAAGCUGAGGUGCGUAGGAGGAGUAAGUGAGGAGGCAGUGGAGGAGUUUCUGGACACGGUGACGGCGGAGGAAGGCCCUAAAUCGAUGAUGGCCGAGAAGUGGACCACGUACUGCUCGGCGCAUCAGAUGGGAAGCUGCAGAGUGGGAGCGACCGAAAGGGAUGGCGCCGUCGAUCAGAAUGGGGAGAGCUGGGAAGCUGCAGGGCUGUUUGUUUGCGACGCCAGUGUUCUCCCCGGCGCGCCUGGCGUCAACCCGAUGAUCACCGUCGAGGCAACCUCCUACUGCCUCUCCAAAAAGAUCGCCGAAAGGCUUAAGAAGGGGGUGAUCUGAAGUGCAAGAUAAGGGUUUGGCGUUCGGAUCGGA